AUGUUCGCCUGGCUCGGCUGGGUGGUUGAGGAUGCGAAGGAUGCUGACGUCAGCACGCACGGCUCGAGCGAGGCUUCGCCCUCGGCGACGGUGGCAAGCCGCGUCGCAAACCACAACCUCCGGGGGGACGCCAGCAGCGGCCUCCGGUUAGAGGUUGACACGUUGCGCAAGAGGGUGCGGGGACUGGAGGAACAGCUGGAGGUGCAGUCGGCGCUCGAGCGUGCGGAGGCCGCGGGCGCGCAGUCAACAGAGCUGACGAGAGCCAACGCUGACUUGCGGGUCGUGAACCGGCAGAUGACCCUCGAGCUGGAAAAGCAGGCAACGGAGCUCGGGGCGGCGACCCUCGCCCGCAAACACGCGGAAGACCGGCUCGCCGAGAUGCUCGAGCAUCGCAUUUUUGGCGAUGCGGCGGCCGAGACCAUCCAGUGGACCAAAUCGCCGCGCACAGUCAGGGCCAGGCCCGCCAUCAACGCGCAGCAGCCCACGGAAGGAUGUCUCGUCAGAGUUGGAUUCAAGCGCGGCAAAAGGAUGCUGCGUGCUUCAGUGACGCGUCAGCACGAGCGGGUCUCGUAA